UAACAGCCGUUAAACCUCACUAAAGAAGAAGAGCAAGAAGAACAAGAACGAAUGAGACACCGUAGUACAGUAGAGGUCAGUGUGGAUCGGGAACAUGGCGACGAACUUGGUGAAGCUGUCAGGUCUGCUCAGAUCAGCUCUGGGUACCGGGAUGAAGGUUUCUGUUUGCCGAGAUGCGACCAAAGCAGGUCCGCUGUACCGCCUCUUCUCCACUCCACGUCCCAGGCAGGAGGUUCCAAAUCCAGCGCAAAUCCGCACAUUUCGGACCCAGCUGUCACCGGCUAACAUCAAUCUCGCGCCCUGCUACAAUAUCCUCCAAAGGAUACAGCCCCUGCUGCCCAGCUUGGCAUCACAGCCUAUCAGAAGCCUUACCUACUACAGUAUAAAACGUGGGAAGAGGAAGACUGUGAAAUCAGUGGUGAAGCGGUUCCUGCGUCUGCACUGCGGCUUGUGGUUGAGGAGAAAGUCUGGGUACAAGAAGAAGCUGUGGAAAAAAUUGCCAGCCAGAAGAAGGCGCCUGAGGCAGCAUGUGUUCUGCAACAGAACGCAGAGCAAACUUCUAGACAAAAUGACUACAUCUUUCUGGAAGAGGAGGAACUGGUACCUCAAUGAUCCCUAUCAGAAGUACCAUGAUCGCACUAACCUCAAAGUAUAAAAUAUUCAGUCACCCCUAUUAGAAAUACUGUGAUAAUACCAAUCUCUCCUGAACUCUCCAGGCUCCAGAAAGCAGUAGAAAUCCCUUCUGUUCCCCCUAUUGUAUUGAACAUUUAAAUAAAUUAACAAUGUGGAUUUUCA